UUGCUCGACUGGCUCUCUCCUCGUACACGCAUACACACCGGUCGAUUAACACCAUCCAGAAUUGGGAUUGGUUGAGUAUACAUUCUGAGCGUUAGAUACAUAUAUCACACAAAGAAACUCCCUUUCAUCUCAAGAAACAUGAUGUCCGUGGCCACGGUUGAGCCCCCGAAACCGGAACUCUCCCCCCCACAAAACCAAAACGCACCAUCCUCUCAUGAAACUGAUCAUAUUUUCAGAUCAAAACUACCAGAUAUAACCAUCUCGAACCACCUCCCUCUGCACGCAUACUGCUUUGAAAACCUCUCUGAUUUCUCAGAUAGGCCAUGCUUGAUUUCAGGUUCCACGGGAAAAACCUACUCUUUUGCCGAAACUCACCUAAUAUCUCGAAAGGUCGCUGCUGGGUUAUCCAAUUUGGGCAUCAAGAAAGGCGAUGUAAUCAUGACCCUGCUCCAAAACUGCCCAGAAUUCGUCUUCUCCUUCAUGGGUGCUUCCAUGAUUGGUGCAGUCACCACCACUGUGAACCCUUUCUACACUCCAGGUGAAAUAUUCAAGCAAUUCUCUGCUUCUCGUGCGAAACUGAUUAUCACCCAGUCUCAACAUGUGAACAAGCUAAGAGAUAGUGAUUGCCAUGAAAACAACCAAAAACCGGAGGAAGAUUUCAUAGUAAUCACCAUUGAUGACCCACCAGAGAACUGUCUACAUUUCAAUGUGCUUGUUGAGGCUAACGAGAGUGAAAUGCCAACAGUUUCAAUCCAUCCGGAUGAUCCUGUGGCAUUACCAUUCUCUUCAGGGACAACAGGGCUCCCAAAAGGAGUGAUACUGACUCACAAGAGCUUGAUAACAAGUGUGGCUCAACAAGUUGAUGGAGAGAUCCCAAAUUUAUACUUGAAACAAGAUGAUGUCGUUUUAUGCGUUUUACCUUUGUUUCACAUCUUUUCAUUGAACAGCGUGUUGUUAUGCUCGUUGAGAGCCGGUUCUGCUGUACUGUUAAUGCAAAAGUUUGAGAUCGGAUCACUGCUAGAGCUCAUUCAGAAACACAAUGUUUCGGUUGCGGCUGUGGUGCCACCACUGGUGCUGGCGUUGGCCAAGAACCCAAUGGUGGCGAACUUCGACUUGAGUUCGAUCAGGGUAGUCCUCUCAGGGGCUGCGCCACUGGGGAAGGAGCUCGAGGAGGCCCUCAGGAGCAGGGUUCCACAGGCCAUCCUGGGACAGGGUUAUGGGAUGACAGAGGCGGGGCCAGUGCUAUCAAUGUGCUUAGCCUUCUCAAAGCAACCUUUACCCACCAAGUCUGGAUCAUGUGGAACGGUGGUUAGAAACGCAGAGCUCAAGGUCAUUGACCCUGAGACCGGUAGCUCUCUUGGUCGCAACCAACCUGGUGAAAUCUGCAUCCGUGGAUCUCAAAUCAUGAAAGGAUAUUUGAAUGACGCGGAAGCCACGGCAAACAUCAUAGACGUUGAGGGUUGGCUCCACACUGGAGAUAUAGGUUAUGUCGACGACGACGACGAGAUUUUCAUUGUUGAUAGAGUGAAGGAAAUCAUAAAAUUCAAAGGCUUCCAGGUGCCGCCCGCGGAGCUUGAGGCUCUCCUUGUAAACCACCCAUCAAUUGCGGAUGCGGCUGUUGUUCCGCAAAAAGAUGAGGUUGCUGGUGAAGUUCCUGUCGCGUUUGUGGUCCGCUCAAAUGAUCUUGACCUUAAUGAAGAGGCUGUAAAAGACUACAUUGCAAAGCAGGUGGUGUUCUACAAGAAACUGCACAAGGUGUUCUUCGUUCAUUCUAUUCCCAAAUCGGCUGCUGGAAAGAUUCUAAGAAAAGACCUCAGAGCCAAGCUUGCCACAGCCACCACCAUGUCCUAGAUUUCAUUCCGUUAAAUCUGCAUUUAUUAUUUUGUGUUGUCUUUCACUCAUUGUGCCCCAAAUAAAUUACUACAAACCCAUCAUUCUGUUUUCAAUUAAACUGUAAGAUUUGCCCCUUGUGAUGUGAUUUUUUAUUUCUAAUAACUAAAGGGCUGUUAACAAGAA